ACACAUAGCUUUGUUCAUUCUGCGCUGUCUCUGCUGGCCCAGAGAUCUGAAAAAUGUAUAGACUCCUCUGUCAGGAAUAAAUUGGUGGGCUUUUAACACGCCGUUAUAAUUGUAGCUCUUUCACGAAAACAAACACGCAUUUAACCUCGAGAGUUGAUAUUAAAACACAGGUUCCCUGAAUUCGUGUAUUUGGGUCGCCAAAACAUGAUCGUGAUAAAUGUUUACGGCUAACAACACGAGGCACUGGGACUGUUGAUACAUAGUGACGCAAAUAAAUCGUGUGUACAAUGGCACGUAAAGCGACGUCUUAUCUUCGAUCGUUCCACUUUGCCUCAUCCAAUAUGGCGACGACACCAACCUACAAGUGGCGUUCACCGCAUCUUCGUCUAUGCUAGUUUGUCCUCUAAGGAUGACAUAACUGAAAAGUCGUUUUUCCUUUCGCGUCAUCGUGUUUCAUUUGACGGAUGUCGGAACUUUAUAGUCCACUAUCGAAACCUCUCCAUUUCGUGAUGAGCGAUUCUCAACACGCACAGCCGCAUUCAGGCCGCAGGAGGGCAGUAGUGACGCCGUUCAAGGACACAAAGUCGUCGAAGAAGAACGAUCUCGCUCGGCGGGACAGACAACCCGUGUCAACAUCAACAUCAAGUUACUUAUUUGACUUUUUGUUUUUGUUUUUUUUGAAACAUGAGCUCCUUUGCGGGUCGAAUGAAGGAAUAUCCGCACAUUUCUCUCGAUCGCUUCGACCACGAGAACUUGCACGCGCGCGCCUACUUCCUGUCGCACUGUCACAAAGAUCACAUGAGGGGGAUGAAAUCACCCAAGAUGAAGAGAAGACUGCAGUCCAGCCGUCGAGUCAAACUGUACUGCUCACCGGUGACCAAAGAACUUUUGCUGAGCAGCCGCAGGCAUCUCUUCUGGGAGAAAUUCAUUGUUCCCUUGGAGCUGGAGAGCCCCACGCAGAUUUCGCUGGUGGACGAAACGUCGGGAGAGAGCGAAGAGCUGGCGGUCACGUUGCUCCCCGCCGGGCACUGUCCCGGCUCCGUCAUGUAAGUGGCGCCGACGUAGUCGCCGGCACUUGGCGGCGUCAGCUAGUCCACGAGCACCGCCGCCGUGUGUGCAGGUUCCUGUUCGAAGGUGGCUGUGGAAACGCGCUGUACACGGGAGACUUCAGGCUGGCCUCGGGCGACGCGGCCAGGAUGGAGCAUCUGCACUCGGGCGGCAGGGUGAAGGACAUCCGGAGCGUGUACGUGGACUCCACCUUCUUCGACCCGCGCUUCUACCAGAUUCCUUCUCGGGAGGCGUGCGUGAGCGCCAUCUUGCGUCUGGUGGGAGACUGGAUCGCUCGUAGCGCUCGUCACGUGGUUUGGCUCAACUGCAAGGCGGCGUACGGCUACGAGUACUUGUUCACCAGGCUGGGGGCGGAGUUCAACACGCGGGUGCACGUCAACAACUUGCUGAUGUUCCGGAGGAUGCCGGAGAUCCUGAGCUACGUGACCGGCGAGCAUCGGACGCAGAUCCACGCCUGCCGGCACCCAAAGGUGACGACGUCGCGCCGCAAAGACGACGUGCGCCUCGAAGAGGCCGACUUUGUUUGUGCGCAGAACGAGGCGAAUCCCCGUGGCGACCGGCUGCCGUGCGGCCGCGCGUCUCCGGACGGGGCCGACCUGCGCGUGCUCAGCAUCAAGCCGUCCACCAUGUGGUUCGGAGAGCGCACGCGCAAAACCGACGUCGUCGUCAGAUCGGGGAGCAACGCCUUCCGAGCCUGCUUCAGCUUCCACUCGUCCUACUGCGAGAUCAAAGACUUCCUGUCCUACCUGCGACCCGUCCAGGUGUUCCCCAAUGUGGUCCCGAUAGGGCGCACCCUCAGCGAGGUCACGCACAUGCUCCGGACCGUGUGCAGGAAGCCGCCGCAGGAGAACAUCACAUACAGACCACUGGGGGCGCUCAAACGCAGCGCCGCCACGACGACGCCUCACGAUUGGGACAGCGACAACGACCUCUUUGACGCCAGCGCCGCCGCGCCGCUGAGGAAGAAGCCGACGGCGAGCCGUCGGGUCCCAAACGAGCCGGGACCGUAUGCCAUGGCGCCCCCUGCCCCCACGGAGGACUCACUGCAGCCCGACCCUCGCGACGACGACAACAAGAACGACCACACGGACCUCAAGUACAACUACGUGGACUGCGCCGAAUCCAACGACGACAGCGAGGACGACGAGGGGAGUGAGGAAGAUGAGGCGAGCGGGACUAAAACGUCCACCCAAACAGGAAGCGCCUCCGUCGAGCUGCCCAAAUGGCAGGACUUCUUCACCGUGGAGCCGCUGCCCGACAGCCAGAACAGCCAAUCGCAGCCCUGCUCCGCCCCGAGCCCCGCCCCCACCAGGCCGGCGGGCUCGCAGACGCCCGAAGCGUUCAGUGAACGCGAAGAUGAUGCGGACGACAGCUUCGUCCUCUCGCCGUCCGCUUCCGAUAGUUCCUCGCAGAACCGCGACGCAGACGGCGAGGACCGCGGGGCCGGCGACGCGCCGUCCGAGCCGCCGCCCGGGUCCCGGGUGUCGUCGGACUAUGGCGUUUCCUGCACGCCGGACUCCAAAAGGGCGCCGGUGUCCAGGAAGUUGGCCAGCGGGGAGGACGUUUCCUGUCCCGAUUGAACGCUUUCAAUCGCCUCCUCGUUAUCAAAGCCGCCUUUCUAGUUCGAAUCCUCGUAUCAAACAAUAAAGUUUUUUAACGUCA